AUGUACCACGAAGACGGCUGCCUCAGCCUCGACGGCCACAACGUCUGCGCGGGGCCUGGCUACCCCGUUGCUGCAGCAGCUUUAAGUGAAUGGCCCGGCGUGCAGUGCCUAGGCCCGGAGAAGAGCUUCCAGGAUUGCACUUUCGAGGAAGCUGCUGCUGCUGAGUGCAGCAGCCACAAACUGGAUGUGGCAGUGAAGUGUUCAAACAACCCCCCGGGGGAGCCUUUGUUUGGGACUUUGCGAAUUGUGGAUGAAGACGGAUCUCCUUCUUUGGGGGGCACUGGGCGGCUGCAGGUGUACAAGAACGUUGCUGCGGGCUUUGAGGCAGUGAGUGCAGAACGGAGGCAUUUCUGGGAAGAGCUGCGAAGACGUGAACGGCUUGAACAUGUGCGGCCCUCACGAGGAGCCGAUUCACAUGGAGACGAAAAAGCCCUCCGAAACUGCCCCCACGAGACCAAGUCCGACAUCUACUGCGCCCACAGCGAAGACGUCGUAGUGGCCUGCCGCGGAGACGGAGACCCCACGGGAGUCGGGGCUUUCAAAAAAGAAGAUCUUCCAGAAGUUUCGAAGAGAAACGAAGAACAGACGGAGAUCCGCGGCACCUUCAUCUACACCGACGACUCCCCCAUUUGCAAAGCCGCCAUUCAUGCUGGAGUCCUGGGCAGAAAUGGCGGGAAGAUCGCCAUAGUUUUGGCCCACGGCCAGAAUGCGUACUUCGGCUCUGCGCGAAACGGCAUCAGCAGCGCCGCUGCGGACGCCCACGCCAGGUCUUGCGGAAAGGGCAAAUGGAGGACUCUUGUUUCGCACAGCGGCUGCGGCGGACUGCUGCUUGCUGUCAACAAAGAAGGAGAGAUCUUGUUGGAAAACAACUGCGAUCCUCGGGUGAUCAGCUCUGGAAUAGUUCCCGAAAUGGAUGGCAAGUGCAGCAGCAGCAGCAGCAGCAGCAGCAGCAGCAGCAGCAGCAGCAGCAGCCCUGCUGCUGCUGCUGCUGCUGCUGCUGCAGCUGCGAAGCGGGAUAUUGUUUCUUUUAUUUUGAAUUUUAACUUCAAGUUUAAUUUCAAAUCGACGCAGAACUCCAUUGUUAUUGGCCGCGCGGCCGCCGCGGACUCCGACUACUUCGUGGGGUCGAUCUCUGGCCUUUCGAUUUUCAAUUACGUCUUAACGCCGGACCAAAUCAUUUACUUGUCCACUCAAAACGCUGCAGCAGCAGCAGCAGCAGCAGCAGCAGCAGCAGCAGCAGGAGCGGCCUGGGACUUGGCCGUGGGCGGCGAGAGGCGCACAGAGGACGGCCGAGUCUGCCUCUCCCCCUGUUCCCCCGAAGAGCCCCUGGAGUCCUUCGGGGCAGUGGAGCUUGCAUGCAGCGACAACUUGUGGCUGGAGGCGUUCAACGGGUUUGUGGGGUCUCGUUUUCUUAUAAAGUGCCCCCCCAACUGCGGGGGGGCCCCCGGGGCCCUUCGGGGCAGCAAAGUUUACUCCCCAGACUCUGCAGUUUGCAAAGCCGGCCUUCACGCGGGGGCCCUGGGGCCCCCCGGGGGCGAGGCCCUGCUGCUGCUGCUGCGGGGCGGCAGCAGCUACGCAGCAGCGCCCGGGCACCACGGCGAUGGGGCCCUCGUGAUGCAGAUGAAGGUGGGACAGCUCGUGCUCAUCUCCUGCCCGCCAGGCUGUCUGGCGGCCUCCGAUGCUCGGGUGUACGGAACAGAAGACCUCUACAGCCCCUUAUCGUCGGUCUGCCGCGCUGCGCUGCACGCGGGCGCCCUGCCCCCCGACGGAGGCCACGCGGAGCUGCGGGCCGGGGGCCCCCAGGAGGCCUUUGGGGCCUCCGAGGCCAACGGAGUGGUGUCUUUGAAGGGCGAAAAUUACCUCCGUUCAUUUUCUUUUAAAAUGAAAAAGAAAAGAAGACUUUGA